CUCCGCUUUGACGAAACCCUCCUGGGCGCUCCCAUCCCUGCCCUGUUCUCCCUUGGGCGCUGCCCCCUCUGGGCCUCAGUUUCCCCACCCGUGAAAUGGGCUUCAGAAUGGCAGCAACCUCCCAGAGUGUUAGUGGUGAAUAUAGGAACUCUCAGAAACUGGCUAAUUCUGAGCUAGGGGGACUCAAGGUUCGAAUUGGGGCUCAAGAGUCAGAGCGCUGGGUUUUAAUCCCAGCAUCCCCACUUUUACUGAGCACCUGCUGUGCGCCAGAGAUCCUCGCUGCGGAGCAAGAAGUGGCCCAGAGCCUUCUGGAUGCGAAGGAGCAGGCCCACCAGGGGGGCGCGGAGCUGCAGCAGCUCGAAGCUGAGCUUCAGAAGGCCGGCGAGGAGGACAGCCGUCUGAAGGCCAGGCUCCUUCAGCUCACCAGGGAGCUGGAGGAGCUCAAGGAGACUGAGGCCAGCCUGGAGAGGCAGGAGAGGGAAGUUGACGAGGACACGACUGUCACCAUCCCUUCGGCCGUGUAUGUGGCCCAGCUUUAUCGCCAAAUUAGUAAAAUCGAGUGGGACUAUGAGUGCGAGCCAGGGAUGGUCAAAGGCAUUCACCACGGCCCCAGCGUCGCCCAGCCCGUCCACCUGGACGGCGCCCAGCUCUCCAAGAAGUUCAUCAGCGACUAUCUCUGGAACUUGGUGGACACAGACUGGUAGCCGGGAGCCUGGAGGCCACGAGUGCCACAGGCCACGAAUCAGCAGCGCUGGGUGGUCGGCGCCUCAGCGGUGAGAGGAGCCCAAAAUUAAAACGUUUCUACAUCA